AUGUUUGCACGGAUGAAUGCUGGUGCGGAUGUAAGAUCUAUUUUGAAUGAAUACUUUCAAAAAUUCUUGGUCACAACAAGUAAUGGAGGAGUUUACCACACCAAUCCUUACUACGACCAAACAAGUUUAGGACUGAUCAUAUCAAGAUGCAAAGCUAGAAAGACUGGUUCCGACUUAAAGGGAGUUGCUUGCAUCGAUUUCAAUGUUUAUGAUUUGUUUUCUGAAAUUGAUUUAUUUGAUUUAUACUCAAAUAUGUAUCCAUUUCUGGUUAAUUCUGAUGGCAAAGUAAUUCUACAUCCAUAUCUAAAUCCACCGUCCGAAAAAUAUCGGGAUCCAUUCCUUCCUGAGAUAUCUGAUUUGGAACAAGAGGACAAUGGCAUGAACAUUAAGGAAUUGGAAAAAUGUAUUAAAGAAAAAAAUAUUCAUUGUGAAAUCGUAGCCGAGGUUUUUCGCGUUUAUCCGAGAGGUCACUUGGCACUACAUGGCAUUCAGUGGGAAAUCAAAGGACUGUCCAUUACAUUGUGUUUGGUGUUCGACGCCAUUGAAAAAAAUUAUGUAAAAACGUCUUUAAAAAAUUUUCCAUUUACGAGUUCGCUCAACUUCAUGAACUCAAUCAACAUUUCAGAUUUGUCAGAUAAAUGCUUCCAAAUCAACAGUAUUGCUCUUUACAAUGCAACUUCUAUUAUUCUCGCGGCUAAAUCUUUUACAAGUCCAAAUGAAUACCUUGGGAAAAAUCAAUCGAAUAUAGAUUUCAUUAACUGGAAAAACAUUGUGGCAAAACCGAACGACCCUCAAUCGAUAUUCAAGUCGUAUUUGACUUACAUCAAGUUAUCAACAUCUCACGUCUAUUCAAUGAAACGUAGUUGCUGGGUUAAGAAAGAUGCACAGCUCAUUAUAGGCUAA